ACAUUAAAGUGAAUCUUCUUUUAAAUUCAUCUGAUUCGACUGCAGUCUCGAGAGGAAUAACCAGAAAAUGAUUCUACUUCAUUUACUGCUGACGCUCAGCGGAGUGGGAUGCACAGUGGAGCAGAGCUUUGAGACAAAGACUGCUGCUGUUGGAGAGAACGUGGCUCUGAUAUGUCGCUGUGGACCGUUAGAUACCGUGUUCUGGAUCAGACCUGUUUCUGGAAAACUUCCUGAAGUCUAUAAAACAUUUAGCUCUGCAAGUUUUGAUCCUCGCAUCAGAUCCACAGAAGAGUCUGGGGCUUUUGUCCUGCGCAUCACAAAGGCAACUCAGAGAGAUACUGGAGUUUACUACUGUGUGAAAACAGAAAAACAAAACUUGACAUUAUUGAAAGGAGUGGACCUGAAAGUUCAAGGAUCAGAACCUGACACCACUGCAGUUCCUCCUUCUGACCCGGUCCGUCCAGGAGACUCAGUGACUCUGCAGUGUUCAGUCCUCUCUGACUCUGAGACUAAAACAUGUCCAGGAGGACACAGUGUGUGCUGUUUGAAAGACGGAUCAGAUGUUGAUUCAAGUUUUAAUUAUAUUCAAGAAAACCCAGAAGGACUCUCCACAGAGAAAUGUACCUACGGCUUCUUCAGGAACGUCAGCUCCUCUGAUGCCGCGACUUGUUGCUGUGCUGUGGCCACAUGUGUGGAGACAGUUUGUGACACCAGACCAAAACCUGACAGCGAAGGUAAGGUGCAUCAUAUUUCUGUAUCUGGAAAGAAGCAUUUUGUGCUAUUUGAGUUCAAGUUUUUGCUCUUGAAACUAUUUUCUCGUGUUUAUAUUGUGUCAGCAGCGGACUGGCAGAAAGAUACAGUUCUCUACCUGCUUUGUGCCGCUUUGAUUCUAAGUCUGAUCAUCAUAGUCUUCCUCCUCUAUUCAGUCAAGAAACUCAAGAAACAAUCGUGUGGUUGUUGCACCGCUGCUGUUGCUCUUCAAACGAACCCGGCAGCAGCAAGUGUCGAUCACCAAAGUCAGCAGACAAGUGAUGACUCUUUGGUUUAUUCUGCGCCGACAUUCAGCGGUAGAAAAUCUAGCCGAGCAGACAGAAGGGAAGCAAAAGCAGCAGAGGAGGAGGAGGAGGAGUGCAUCUACACUAACGUCAAGGCUGUGGAGUUGGAUUAAAAACAUGCAGUCUUGGGUGUUGCAGUGUGGACAGGAGGCUGGCUGAGCAUACAGCCUGGAGAUUCAUGACCAGACAGAUUGAGAACAUCACAGGGGAAGUUGCAGCAGUGUGAACCUGUCCAUCUCAGUGCUGCCUGCGACUCAGCUUGUGGUUAAAGACUGUAAAACAGGUCAUGCAAUCAGCACUAACACAGACGAUCAGCUAGUCAAAAUGGCCGUUUUGGACAGAGGAAGGGGAGGAUCACCUCACUGAUCCGUCUAAGUAACAGCACUGACUAUAUGACGCUAUAACCUACUGCUAAACUGACAGUUUCACAACUUUUCCUCUGCUCUGCUCUGAUUCACAGCCACUCCCAAACACCCAGCCUCUCUGUCUCACUCCUGACAAUAACUCUUUGCAAAAUGCACGCUGUGCUCAUUCAUAUUUUAAGGUGCUACAGUUUAUAUCCGGCUAUUAAAAAAAACACACACACCUGAAAAGACGGCAGUUUGAACGGAGGCAUGUUGAGUCCAGAGUCUAGUUGUUGCAUCCGUGUGAACUUUUCUUAACGUUGGCACAUCGUGAGUAGUUUUGAGAUUUCCACUCGACUCGUCACAAAUCUUGAACGAUGAACUCGUCUGCUACCAUCAGUCUGUUUCUGUUAAAGAUCCAUAACAAUUGCAGUUUAACUGAUAUUCUAACACCAUUUUGUCAAAUCUGUGACCUGUACAACAUUCAGUCUUUUAUGUUCUCCACACAUGCCUUUGUUAAGAGUGUUGUCUGUAUGUGUUCUAUAUUACAGCUGCUUUGUGAUUUUGGUCAUUUUGUUUUUCUGUGACCAGUUUGCUGUUAUUCAAGCCAUUCCACUAGCUGUCUCAGGCUAACGAACUGCUAAUGCAACUUUCUACAUAUAUGUUAUCUUUUCAGUUUCUUUCUUACUGCACUAUCUCACGUUUUACAAUAACUUUGUUGUUGUUCAGGGAAUCUUAACCCUGUGGCUUCCUGUUUCCAGUGAGAACUUCAAAGUGUGAUGUUUCAGUGAUGUGUAAUGGACGAAAACGAAGCGAGGGUACACAAAGACAUGAAUGAGACCUAUGUGACAGGAAGUGGCCUUGAUCUGUGUCCUGUGAUGCAAUUGACACUGUCACAUACUGUAUAGUUGUAAUGUCACGUCACCGCCUGUGUUCAGUUAAAUACCAACGAGGUUCCUGAGAGGACACAACGUCAAGAUGAUCCUGUUAUGGUUCACAUUGCUUGUGCUUCAUCGAGGAUAUACACUGGUGCCAGUAACCACAGUUGAACUCGGGGAACCUGCGACCUUCUCGUGUGAUUUUCCUAACGAUCUGAUCAGCCGUAGAAGCAUCCAGUGGUACAAGCAGAGUGCCGGCGAUUUACUGAAACUAAUCGUGACGCGGCAGAAAUCUACGCAGCCCGAGUACGCACCAGGGUUUUCGAACUCGAGAUUUCAGGUGAACAGCGAUGACAAUUUUUGCAACCUGACCAUCCUGAGGACAAGGCGAGACGACGAGGGCACGUAUCACUGUGCAGUAUCGGAGUGGAUUAUAAAGACGGUAUGGAGCGGGACGUACCUGUUACUGAAAGGAAACAGUCAGAGGACAUUGAACUACACUGUUGUUCAGCAGCCGACAGCCUCUGAUCCAGUCCGUCCAGGAGACUUGAAGACUCUCCAGUGUUCAGUCCUCUCUGACUCUGAGACUAAAACAUGUCCAGGAGAUCACAGUGUGUUCUGGUUCAGAGUCGGAUCAGAUAAAUCUCAUCCGAACAUCCUCUACACUGAUGGAAACAGACGUGAUGAAUGUGAAGACAGAUCUGACACUCAGAAAAGCUGCGUUCACCACUUCUCUAAGAAGGUCAGCUCCUCUGAUGCUGGAACUUACUACUGUGCUGUGGCCACAUGUGGAGAGAUUCUGUUUGGAAAUGGAGCUAAAGUGGAAACUGAGUGUCCAAGAAUGAAUUCUGAGUUUAUUGCUCUGGUGAUGGCAAUAAUCUGCUUUGUCAUUUCCCUGAUUGGAAAUAUUGUUUUCAUCUGUUGUCGAAUUUCAAGACCAAAAUGUGAACAAGUUAAAGAAAGCACAGCUUCAGAAGCAAAACGUGUCGUCUCAACUCAACCAGUAUAUGAUAUUACUGAAAGUGGAGAUGAUCUGAACUACGCUGCGCUGCAUUUAUCUGGAAGAAGAGCUACAAGCGGGAGGAAGAAGAACGAGGUGGAGACGGAAGAAAGUGUGUAUUCUCAAGUUAAACGCUGAAUGUGAAUCUGUGUCCACAAAAAAAAAAUGAUUGACAUGAAUUAUGAAUGUAUAUCAGAUUGAUCUCUGAUAGUGACAUACAUGAUUCCAUUUGAACUUUACUGAGUUAACUGUUUCAUGAUAAAAGCCAAAAUCAUACCAUGCUUGUUCUGUUCCAUAUUUUACUAUUAACCUUUUUGUUUUUGUCAUUCUGUCAUUUUCAUAAUAGAGUUAUUAAAGUCUAUAAUUUUGCUAAAUUUCUCUGCUCUGCCUGUUUUUAACAUUAGUUCUAAAUAUCCCUAAUCUUUAUUAAAAGAAAAAGAAAAUCCUAAUGCUGAAACAUCAAAUUGUUCAGUCUUAAACACAUCAGUUGUCCUAAACACUAUCCAGAUGUUCUUUGAUCCCCCAGGGUUUGAUUGUUGGACCACUACUAUUUGAUCUGUACAUUCAUCCUUUAUGUUAAAUCUGACAUGACAAUAACAGCUUAUCACUGUACGCCGAUGACACUCUCCUGACAUUUAUUUUGUCAUUUAGUCUUUUAGAUAUUGAGCAAAUAAAUAGUGCGAUACAAUACAGUAGUUGUAGUUUUGUUCUAACAAGGAGUCCUAAUUGGAUUGCUCUGGUUCGUAAACCUUUACACGUCCUUCAACAGUUUCUUAUACAUAACAGUGUUUUGUUGCCGUGCCACAAAAGUUAAAUGUUUAUAAUGUGAAAAGCUUUUCUUAACCUGUGUAAAACACAUUGAAUUGCCACUUUAACUGAAGCAUGCUAUGUGUAAAUAAAGCUGCCUUGUGUGCAGAUAUCCACCUCUGUUCAGUGUCACUUUGAUCGUGCUCUGGCUUUGUUGAUCUUCAAACAGACACUACUAGCAACUCAAAACGAGCAUGUGAGAGGCGCUCUGUGAUUGGCUCAACAGAGCCGCAAGCCUCAAUUCUUUUGGACAGAACUUGUCAACUCCUCUUUCUAUUGGUCCAAACACUUCUCAGUGGUAGAGCCCCAAGGUGACUGACUUCUCGAAUCAGUGGUACCAAAAAAAAUCAAAGUGUGGGUCUAAGCUUGACGGGCAGAUGACUUGUCUCUGUACAGUCUUGUGUACUGUGCUGUGUGUUAAAAUAAAUAAAUAAAUCUCAAAGUUGUACAUGGGCAGAUUACAGAUGUCACUGUUUGGAAUAUAUUGGAAUAAAAACUACUGAUGUUU